AUGGACGUAUGGGCUGUGUUGAUGCGCAAUGACAAAGGAGGAGGCAUUCCCAACUCCAACCUCACAAAGACCGAUCUGGACGCACUUGAAGCCUUCAUUAAGGAUGCAGACAGUAUCCGUGAGCCUCUGAUAGCGUUGGUCUACAAAGCGUUGGGUUGGCGUUUCCACGACGGUGCUAGUAAAGCCAUCCGCGCGGCACUCACACUCACACCACCAGCACUGCAGGCACACGGCAGAGAUGCCAC